AUGGGUAAUGGCCGUUCCUGUGCGACCAUUCACGUCACGUGUAGUGACACCGUGUUGAUAGGAGUGGAUGGAAGCAGAGCCGCUGACGAGGCAAUCAUUUGUAAGUUCCGGUAUUAUAGGAUUAGUUUGUUUGUUGGGUACCUGGAAAACCUGCAUAGAGAUAACAACCUUCUUAUUUUGGUGCAUGCCCUAGAAAGUUCCACCGGUCCAACACGAGACACCUGGGAGUCCCAAGUACAAAUUGGGAAGAGGAAACAGGAAGAGCUUCAGGAACGUUACAUCUCGAGAUUCAAGGAGUGGGGGAUAUCAGGUCGCUUUCUUUCGGACAUCGAGAAGCCUGCUGAAUUCCUCAUCUCAUCUGCCAAGAAGAAGAAGGCCACUUACCUCGUCAUGGGUUCCAGAGGAAUGGGAAGAAUGAGUCACAGACGCACUAUCAUCGGAAGCGUGAGUGACUACGUACUGCACCAUUCUGACUGCCCUGUCAUCGUGGCGAGAACCUGA